AUGGCCUCCGCGGGGUCAGUGGCCGAGCUCGCCUCGCAGCUCUACGAUGCAUGCGCCGAGCACCCCGACAGUGACCGCGCUUGGUACCAGGGCGCCCUCCUGGACCUCAAUAUUAUUCCCAAGGGCCCCAAUGAAAUCGAGUUACUCCUACAAUGCACCCAGUCGUUAGUCGACCAAAAGCUCUUUCGGCUUUUGGAGACACAGAACAAACGUCUCGCAUGGCGAAUUGUUUCCCGCGAAGAUGCCGAAAAGCUCUCGAACCUCAAUCCGGACGAGUCCCUCGUGUUCAGUGUGAUUCACAGCUCAGCGCGUGUAGGAAUAUGGACCCGCAACAUUCAAACCCGCACUGGCCUGCAUAAGACGAUCAUGGACCGCUGCAUCAAAAGUCUUGAGAGUAAGAACUAUAUCAAGGCCGUCCAGAAUGUCAAAUUCCCUAGCCGGAAAAUGUACAUGCUCGCAGGUCUCGCUCCAAGCGAAGACGUCACUGGAGGUGCCUGGUUUACCGACGGAGCCCUCGAUAGUACCUUCAUCAGCAGCGUGGCAGACUACCUUGAAUACACCAUCAGCGACAAGAGCUGGUACAAAGUCCCCGAGCAUGGCCGUAACAAGCGUGUCAAGACCGCCAGUGGCAAAGCCGAUGUGAAGCUCGAAUCUGGCGAACCAUCCUAUCUUCCUCAUCCUCCGAAUUACCCCGACUACCCUACGGUCCAAGAACUCACCAACAUCGUCAAUUCGAGUGGCCUAACACCAGUCCAGUUAUCGGAGGAUAAGGUCCUCCAGCUGUUAAAUCUGCUUGUUUUUGACCACAAGAUCACCGCGAUGCCGGACGGCAAUUCAUACAAAGCUCUCAAAAACCCCCAAAUGGUUAAGCAGAAAAAGCAGGGCGAGCCCGACCUGCCUCACAAACCUGUCAAAUCUCUCGGUGAAAAUGGCAUGACUGAAGGACCCUGCGGCCGCUGCCCGAGUUUCCGACUGUGUUCGCCCGGCGCCGCCAUCAGCCCCGAAACAUGCGAGUAUUUCGAUCCCUGGAUGCAAAACGUCCUCGGAUUCUGA